UGUGAUAUAAGAAUAAACUGCCUUUCAAGUUAUAAGAACCAACAUCCUGCUGAGGCUCGCAACAUGUUACACCAUUAUGUAGGUCAGCAUCAGCAGGGUACGGCAUUGAAGGUGGAUAGUCGGACUUCCGCGCGGCGCGUCAGACGGGCGUACAUAAAAUAAAAAACUGAUGCGCAUCCCUUUAGCACGACCGACUGCCACUUAGUGAGAUGCUUUCUUCUCUCCGGUUUGUUCUGACGUCCAUCCCCCCCUCCUAUUAGCUACCUACCUUAGGUACCUAACCUAGCUUUCCACUCACCACUAUGUCCUUGGAAGAUUUCCCACAUCUGCCGUUCGAGGAGCAACAAGCCAUUCUCCAAAGCGCCGCCCUGGAGCCGCCCCCAAACACAGUCUCGAAUUUCGACAGUCCACCAAAUGGCAACGCCCAAGGACUUUUCGCCGUUUUGUUUUGCGUCUUGCUAACGACAUUGGCGGGCUUCUUGCACAUACGCUCUCGCUUCAUUCUAAAAACGGUGCGCGUCGAGGACUACCUUGCUAUUCUGGCAUACCUUGGCUUCCUGGGCUGCGCCGGCUGCCUUUUGGCCAUCUAUCAUCUCUCGGGGUUCUAUGUGCACCAGUGGGAUGUCCGUUUGGGAACCUUCCUUAAUAUCGCUGAGGUUCUCAUCAUCUUCCCUAUCUGCUACUGCCUUACCAUGAUCUUUUCCAAACCGGCCAUUCUCCUCGAAUGGAUUCGCAUCUUCGUGCCGCACCACGAGCGUAAUACAUUUUACUGGGCGGCCUGGGUGCUCAUCGUUAUCAACGUGGCGCUCUAUGUCUCUUCAUGUAUCGCUACUAUUUUCAACUGCACGCCACCCAAUAAGUCGUGGGAGCCAUGGGUCGACGGCUUCUGCUCUGACCGAAGAGCGUUAGAUGUGGGCGUGGGUUUCUUCAAUCUCGCCAUGGAUGUAUUCAUUCUGGUUCUACCCCAGAGGGUGAUACGGAAGCUCCAGAUGACCAGGGCCCGCAGGAUUGGCGUUACCGUCGUUUUCUCUGUAGGAGUGCUUGCCUGUGGCUGCGCAGUCGGUCGCUUGUACUUCAACUGGGUCGCCGAGUACAGUGGCCAGGGAGACACUACCUACACCGUCAGCGCACUGUUUCUAUGGGGUUAUGCCGAGCUGGCGUGCGUCCUUCUUGUUUUCUUUGUGCCGUGUAUUCCCAAAGCUAUUGGUGACGAGCGCCUCCACAAGAUGGCAUCUCUAUGGAGCAGCUUAAGAGGGAGCAAUAAGCCGUCGUCCACGUCCAACAAAACUCGAACCUGGCCACGGACUAUCGGAAACAUAUCAACACGAUCCAGAGCAUAUCGAACCAUGGCUCACUCUGAGCGGUCCAUGAUGAGCUCGUCAGAACUAGAGCUGGGUGACAGUACUACUACUGCUUGGGGACGUGGGCAGGGUAGUAGUGCCAGCAUCAAUGUUGAAGUGGCUUUUUCCCAGUCAUCCGAGUCGGCAGCCGACACUUGGAAGUAUCCGGCAACACGAACUAUGGAGAGGCAGCAUCCGUGAAUGAUAUGUUAGGUUAGGGGAUUACCCGGGAAAUUGGAACAAAAGCACGAGGAAGAAUUGUUCACUGGGUUGCCGUACGAAGUAGAUACCCGCCUCGCCAUGGUGGUAACAUACGAGGUACCUAUAGCUUAAGUGAUUCCUACCUGCUCACAUUUCCUAUUGCCCACCUGUUGUAAUUAACUGUUUCCUGGAGAUGUUUGAAAGCGUGAUGGGUACCUAAUUUUGAGCUGGAAUAAUGGCCUAUCACCUGGC